CUCGUUAGCCAAUCACAGAACAGGUCAACUGCAAAGGACAACGAGUUUGAAAAGUAUAUAAGUAGGGAAAAAAAUAGAUGCAGUUGCACUGUGGGCUCACUGAGAAAAUGGGGGUGUAUUUCAUCCUAAUAAGUGUCCUUACCUUCACCAGUCUCUCCUCAAGCCAAGAAUGUACACGGGAAUUGUUGGAGAAUGUUGACUUCCCGGGAACGGACAUAAAAUUUGAGUACUCUCCAGAUGCUCGCCACUGUCAGCAUUUGUGCACACAGCACCCGUCUUGUCUAUUCUUCACAUUUGUACGUCCUGAGUGGACUACUGAUAACAGGCACUUCUACUGCUACCUUAAGUCUACACCGUCUGGAGAGCCCAAUAAAAAGACGGCCCUCAUUGGUGUCACCUCAGGAUAUUCUCUCAAACCUUGUGGCCCUGACCCACAACCUUGCCUGUCCCGCGUGUACCAGAAUGUGGACUUUUUGGGAGCAGACUAUCGGACUUUAUUCACAGCAGACUACCAGGAGUGUCAGAGAGUGUGCACAAAAGACCCCUUUUGCCAGUUUUUUACAUUUGUCAAUCCUGUUUUCACACCUGAAAAGAUCAGGUACAAAUGCCACCUGAAAUUCAGCUGGCCUUUGCCAAGGACCUUAAAUGUAAACCGGAAGAAUGGUGUGGUGUCGGGCUUCUCUCACAGUGUUCAACUCAGUCAGUUCUCAGACACAGAAUGUUCCGUGAAACUUUUUCCAAACACUGACACCAUGGGAGGUGCUUUUGAGUCGCAACCUGCCGGCACACCAGAGCAAUGUCUGGCAAUAUGUUCCGCACAUCCAAAAUGUUUCUACUUCUCUUUCCAGAGCAAUGACUUCACUUGUAAACUGAAAGACAAUCCAAAUGACCUUUUGAUGAAGUCCCAACAAGGAGUAACUUCUGGGAUAGCAACACACCACUGUCAACAACCUACUGGCUGGGCAAACGUGCCUCUUGAAGGAGUUGAUUUCCAAGGUUCAGACAUUCUCUUUGAGCUGAUGGAUGAUGCAGAGACGUGCCAGAAGAGAUGUACAAUUGAUCAACAUUGUCAGUUCUACACUUAUGUCAAUGAGACCUUCGGCGAUCCUGUUUUUCGGCGUCGCUGCUAUCUCAAGCGCACCACCACCAUGCCGGCUCCUCCCAAAAUUACAAAGUUGGCCAAUGUGGUGUCUGGGUUCACCAUGAGGAACUGCAUUUAAGUUUUGCUGCAAAUGGGUUGCAUGCAUCUUAAUUGUUUCUAAAAGAAAUAAAAUAUAUCAAAGUUACACUGUAUUGGAAGGAUUUAAUUAUCACUGAAUCAGUUGGUUGGUUGACCUUUGUGGUAUUUGCAUGUUUUGUAGGAGUACUGUAGGCCACCCUUGUGUACACAUGAAGAAACAUGCAUGUUAGGCAGGGUUGAAAGUGGCUGGAACACGUUCCCGUAUAAAAUUUGGGAGCGUAACGUGCUUUGAUCCCGAAAAUAUGACUGCAACUGGCAAACAUCAAUGUUUAAAAAAAAAAAACUGCCACACACGCAUCUCUAAGAAAACGAUCUGUCAGAUUUACAUAAGUGUUAACAUGCCUAAUAAAGUGCUUGUGUAGCGUCA